ACCUGAAUGCAUUUAUUUAUUACAUUUGUAGGGGUUGGGCAAAGGCUGAAAUUGGGGUUGAGAGUUAGUUACCGUUUUUAAGAAGAGAGAUGUGUUUAUGAUUUAUGUACAAGCCGGACGCGGGGGACAAGAGAGAGACGCAAUGACAAACGACGUAAAAGGAUAAUAGCGCCGUCCAACGGUUGGUUGGGCCAAGUAAAGGUAUAUAGUCAGAGACCCCCGGGAAGUUCUAGUAGGUCCGUCUGAAAUCCUAUAGGUCCCUUCGUUGAUCGCUGAUCUAAAAUACUUGGAGAAUCUCUUGAAGAAAAACUGAACUUCCUUCAGGAAAAAUAAAUGUAUUCUAUUAAAUAGGUUUACGCUACCUUCUCUGCCAAUAUUUGCAUCGGAACUUCCAACACUGGAGCUACUGAAUGUAUCCUAGGCAACUGUCAUUAUCAACUUGAAUUUAAUCCAAAUUCAUGAUAUUCUCCUCGCUCAACACUUCUGGACGUGGAGCUUUUUAUACACACAUUUAUAGUUAAAUAUAUCCAGCGUUCUAGUAGACUGGCUUCCUUGCCUCCCAAAGGUUUAACGGCGCGGCGUAGCACAGUCCGUCCCUCCGUCUGUCUCGCAGUUUACCGCAUCGUUUCUUCCAAGCAGGUUCCAGAAUUAUCUUUCUCCAUUCAUACUACACAACGUUUCAACAGCAGGAAACAGCCCCCCAAACCUGUAUCAGACUAUUGAAGACGGAGAAAAAUGCGGCGAUGAAAGCUGAGAAGAGCGACUGAAACAGUAUUUAUCGGGCGGUAGGCUACGUGGUCGUGGGAAUAUAUAUCGAGGUGUAUUAUGCCCUAUCCAAUCUGCGGUGGACCUAAGAGAGAGCACCAGAGGGGAAUGUGAGGGGUGCUGGGAAGCACAGUCACACUGCUGUCUCCCUGCACCUGCUGCAUCAUGGGUAACGUCGGUGGAAAGGACAGCCAUGGCCCUACAGGUUCCCUACAUGAACGAUCUCAUUUAGAUAUGUUACAAACUCCUCCCUCUUCCCUCUCUGAUUCUGAUCUGGCACCAGCCGCGGCUCAGCUGCUGCAGCAGGGGACACCGUCCUCCGGGACCACCCGGGGCAUCGUCUGCCAGGGUGGAGCCUCCCCCAUUUCCAACUGGAGACACACACUGUCCGUCCCCCAGAAUGGGCCGUGAUUACAGUGGAGAGCAGAGUGUCUCCGCAGGGGACUGGGAUUGAGAUGGAAGGUGGAAGGCAGACAGUGCAGUGCUCUAACAGCCACACCAGCAGCCCUGUGUCCCCAGGCCAGCACCCUCAGUUUGAGGGUAGCCCUUUGGAGCCUAGCUGGCAGGAGCGGGACAGUGGGAUGGAGCCCCAUGCAAGGCCAGAGCGAGCUGGGGAGGAGAUGGCCCUGGCACUAUUUAGCCUUUUGGAACAUCACAGGUCUGCACUGGGGCUCAGUCCGGGCUUGGACGCACCAGCAGGAGCAGCCGAGCUGCUGAGGCGGUUGCUGGUGGAGAGAGAGGAGCUGGUCGAGGAGGUGCGCAACUUGAAGGACACACUGAGGACUGAGCGAGCUGAGUGGCUCCAGUUCCAGUGUGAUCUACAGGUGGCAGUGUCUGUGGCCGACCGGCUGCGCGUGGAAGCGGAAGAGACUCUAGGCACGCUCAGAGAGAGCCAUGGGAAUGUGGAGGGCCAGCUGGACCAGGCCCAGUGCAGACAGCAAGACACGGACAGGGAGCUGGAGAGCCUGAGGGCUGAACACAGAGAGGCCUGUCACAGAUUGUCUGCUCUCACCAUGGAGCACCAACAGACUAGGGCUGAGCUGGACACACGGAGACACACACUCCGGGAGAGUGAGAGGGACUCACUGAGGAAAAGAGAGAAGGACUCACACAGAGAGAUAGAGGGAAGAGACACAGAGGGAGAAGACACUAGUGAAGACAUAAGCACGAUGGAGGCACUGGAUGGGAAGAAAAGAGAGGAUUCAGAAAGAGAAGUGGAAGGAGAGAAAAGGGUGAAGAGUGAGGGAGAGGAUGUUAACAUGGGAGGGCAGUUUCCCAAGGAGCUUGUUAGAGGAGGGGAGAACUUGAUCAAAGUGAAGGGGGUGGCGGCGGCAUACCUACGGAAUUUGGCAGCCGGGGAGAAAGGGUGCGGCUUGAGAGAUUCACCAAGGAUUGUGGUGAUGUCAGAGCGUUCCAGGAGCCUCUCUCGACUUCCCCUGCCCACUGACUCUCUCCCUGCACAGAAUGGUAGCUCCCAGAACCCUACCAGCACAACACUGCCUCUCUACAAGAAAGAAGAGCCAGCCAAAGGGAAAAGGAUGGACCGCAUACUGCUACGACAGGACAGCUGGUCUAGCUUCUAUACAAAAAAACAGGAGGAGGACCAGAACGCAGACCCAUUGUUCAGACCUCAGGAUGGUUUCAGUAUGCUGCUGCGAUGUCAUGGAGGCUCCAGGCGGAACUCACUCUUGCGUUGGUGUCAAAGCCGCACCCAGGGCUAUAAGAAUAUUGAGAUCACCAACUUCAGUAGCAGUUGGGAGGAUGGUCUUGCUUUCUGUGCCGUGUACCACACCUAUCUGCCCACACAAAUCCCCUACAGUAGUCUCAGCACAGGAGACAAAAGCGAGAACCUGGACCUAGCCUUCCAGACAGGGGAGAGUGUUGGAAUCCCAGCCACUUUGACCGUGGAGGAGAUGCUGAGACCAGGUGGGCCAGACUGGCAGAGGGUCCUGGGGUACGUUGAAAGCAUAUUUCGUCACUUUGAGAUGUAAGGUCAUUUCCCUUCUGGGUUCUAUACCAAACACUACAUCUAACUGGUCUGCCACCACCAGUCUGGUUAUUUUUGAUGCAUCAUGAACUGGACUCUUGAGUGAUAUACCACUAGGGGGUUUAGGACUACUGUUGGAACGGAAUUCUCCUUCAGCCUCACUCCUUGUGCAGGGGCUCCUGCUGCUGGCCAAUGGUUGAAGGUGCACUGUGGAUGGAGCUACUAUGAACUGGGUCGAUCUUGAUUUCAGAAAGCGCUGACCAUGGGGGUUUUGGGCUGAGAGCUGGGUUUUUUGGUAAAUACACAGUGAUUGCACUGAAUGAGGAGCCAUUGGAAAUGACCACAAGGAGAACCAUAAAUUAGGAAAUUGUGGAUAUGGGAAGGAUGUUACUAUUUGCACCAGGAAAAAUUAACAAUGACUUCAAGUUCUUCACUUAGGGUUCUACUGCUGUUCACUCUGUUGUGCACUUAUUUUGAUGCCUUUUAAUUUGAUCAACAAUAUAAAGUCUGUCACAAGUUAACUGGAAGAUUUGAAUGUUAUAGACACGCUCUCUCCAUGGAUCUGAUUUUAUACCCUUAGAAAACUCUAUCCCGUUGUGAUAUUAAUGUAGCCAGAAGUAGUAUUUUAAUGUCUGUAUACAACCCAACUCAAAGCAGAAAAAAGGUCUGGACAACUUGAAUGAGUUCAUUCAAUGGCAUUGUGUGCAUCACAACUGCAAUCAACCAAGAGUGACUGCCUUUGAAAAAAUGUGUGUAUGGUGCUGUCUAACUAGUAAUAUUUUUAAUGUAUGUUUUGUUUGGAAGAACUUUUGAAUUUGAAUGUUAUUUUAAAUGUAGUAUGCAAACAGAAGUGCCAUAUGGUGGACUAUCCAACAGAGGGACUUGUCUCCUGUUAUGGAGUAUGGGAAUGAACUGUCAUGAGGUUUUGUCUGAUAAUAGGAACAACAAUGAGGCCAUAUAAGUACUGGAUCCUACAAUGUUUGCUUGUCUUUGUGAUUGAGGGAGAAGGUGAGAAAUAAGAGUGAUGUAUUGUAUGUGUCUCAAGUAUAAAUUGAGACACAGAGGCCCUCCCUAAACAGUUUUACUGUGACAAUGGUACUGUACGAGAAUGAUAAAUGACAAACAGUUGCCAAAGCAUUACUGCCAUAAUAAAGGUUGUUUUAAUCUG